AUUUAUCAAAUACCUCCAAUUAAACGUUAUCAAACGGGUUCUUUUAUGUCAUUGGCAAAACAGAGAUAACUUCAACCUGCUCUGCUUCUUGUUUGCCGUAAACCCUAGUUGAAGACAUCUCUGGUACGAGUACAGGGAGAGAAACAAGAAAGCCGAAGGGAACCUCGUCUGUGGCAUUCGGAAUCGUUGAAACGACCUCUCAAAAAUCCACUUGGGCUGAAACUUGACAUGCGAGCAAGGGACCUUGGGCUCUCUGUGUCUACAAAAAUUUGAUCAUCCAAACCGCCACACGGCAGCCGGAGCAUAUCAGAAGGGGAACGUUUCUAGGAGGCUAGACAAAGUUAAGCACAGCUAUGGCUCUCUUGACCAGACGCACUCUAGGAUCUUUCCUCUCUCGAGCUCUCUCUUCUUCAUCGUUAACAUCUCCUAUUCAUCCUCGAUUGGCAUUAGCUGUCCUUGGGAAGCAGAAUCAGCAAUUCUCUCCUGAGUCCAGGAGAAUCCCGAACCGGCCAAAAACAUCUGGAUCAGGGUAUUCCCCCUUGAAUGAUCCUUCUCCCAACUGGAGCAACAGACCCCCCAAAGAGACGAUUCUUCUUGAUGGCUGUGACUAUGAGCAUUGGCUCAUCGUCAUGGAAUUCAAUCAAGACCCCAAGCCCUCUGAGGAUGAGAUGAUAGCAGCAUACAUCAAGACACUCACUGCUGUUGUUGGAAGUGAAGAGGAGGCAAAGAAGAAGAUUUACUCGGUUUGCACAACCACAUAUACCGGCUUUGGUGCUUUGAUAUCUGAAGAGCUUUCUUACAAGGUUAAAGGACUACCUGGUGUUCUUUGGGUGUUGCCUGAUUCAUAUCUUGAUGUUCCCAACAAAGAUUAUGGAGGCGAUUUGUUCAUCGACGGGAAAGUCAUCCAUAGACCACAAUUCAGGUUCAACGAGAGGCAGCAAACCAGAAACAGACCACGCCCAAGGUAUGAUAGGCGCCGAGAGACAAUGCAGGUUGAAAGAAGAGAACCAGUGCAAAGAGACAGUUGGACCCAGAGGCAGUCGGCAAUGCAAACAAGUGCUAUGGGUGGACAAGAUUCGUCUCAGGGUGGGGUGAAGGAUCACUUACCAAAUCAAGGAGACGUUCAGAGGUACAAUGCUUGAGAAUUCAUGGCUCACUUAACAAAAGGGAGGACUAGUAAAGUGACUUAAUGUAGUCGAUAUUUUAAUUUCUAAUUUGUUGGUGAACGGUGGGUCUGCUUGGAUUGUGUAGUAUAUUUCUUGACGGACAUUAUUGGGAAAUAUCUUCUAGGAAGGUGAGAAAUGUGAAUAUUUUAAUACCCUUUUUGUGGCUCCCAUUUCAAAUCUCUCUUAAUAAACAACGGGGGGUUUGGUUUGGAGUUUCUUGGAUUCUGGAUAGUUUCUAGUGCACUUCAUUUCAUUAUAUGGAUUACCAUGUUUUGGGUAA